AUGUCGGACUCGGGCAGCCGAUGCCGAUGCCCGAUUCAUGAUGACGACGAGGAGGAGGAUGUGGAUGUGGAUGUGGAUGACGAUGCUGCUAGCAGAGGCCAACACGUUCAGUGUAUAAUAUUUGAAAUCAAAGCGUUAGGGUCCAACCAUGACGGCCGUGUACGUGAAUCACAAGCUCAACAUGCGCACAACGGCUGUCAAGAUGAAGCGGAGCCGACAUCCUGCUGCAUCCUGCCCCGAUCCGAUUUCAAAUCCGAGUCCAAGUUUAAGUCCAAGUCACAGUUCGAUUCCCACGAUUCCCGGCAAGUGUCACGGCCAACCGGAAACGGAAACGGAAGCGGGCCGGGCCAAUUGAAGCUCGAAGCAAGGACGACGCCACUAACUAAGAUAAUUCAAUCGCGUUUUCUACACAUUUACGGUUUACUUUGCCUCGGUUCCUUGAUGGGUUGCAUUAAAACUAUCGGCGCUUCAAUUGCGCAGCAAACGCUUACGGAAGCGGAAGCGGAUGCACAAGAUAAAGAUAAAGAGCGGGAAGCGGAAACGGAAGCGGAAAGGAGAACGGAUACGAAAGGGGAAGCAGAAGCGGAUGCCCGCAUCAUGGCAACGGGAAUUUGCAUUAUAAGACUGAUAACAUUAAAGAGAUUUCUAGAGAAUUCCAAAACCGACAGACACAAUCAAAGGCGCCAGCAAUCAGCAACGUCAGCAACAUCAGCCUCACCGUCACCGUCAGCUGGAGGAGCAUUCAGCCCGCGGCGGAGACACCUCCAUUAUCCAGGACAUCCAGCAGGACAGCCAGGAGGACACCCGGAGGCGUGCACCCUGCUAAUGCUCCUGCUGCUCACCAGCCUCUGGCCGGAUUGCUGCGAUUGCCUCCACGGCGGCAGCAACACGGUGAAGACCAAGUACGGCCUGCUGCGGGGCAUUGUGGUCCGCUCCUCGCCGCUGGUGGAGGCCUUCCUGGGCAUUCCCUACGCCUCGCCCCCGGUGGGCAGUCUCAGAUUUAUGCCCCCCAUAACGCCCUCGACGUGGAAAACGGUUCGCAGCGCGGAUCGAUUUUCGCCGGUCUGUCCGCAGAACAUCCCCAUACCGCCCAACGGACCGGAGGCUCUCCUCGAGGUGCCCCGCGCCCGCCUCGCCCAGCUGCGCCGCCUGUUGCCGCUACUCAAGAACCAAUCGGAAGACUGCUUAUACCUAAAUAUCUAUGUGCCCUACGAGACGCGCCGCCAGAGACGUAAUACCGAUGAUACUAGCGGCGAUCCAAAGACCAAGUUGUCCACCGUGGUAUUCAUCCAUGGCGAAUCGUACGACUGGAACUCAGGGAAUCCCUACGAUGGCUCCGAGCUUGCUGCCCACGGCAAUGUCAUCGUGGUGACAAUCAACUUCCGUCUGGGGAUCUUUGGAUUCCUGAAAACGGGCGGCAAGGAGAGUGCCCAGGGAAAUUUUGGACUGAUGGAUCUGGUGGCGGGUCUACACUGGCUCAAGGAGAAUCUGCCGGCCUUCGGUGGGGAUCCCCAGAGCAUCACUCUCCUGGGCUACGGAACUGGAGCUGUGCUGGCCAACAUACUGGUUGUUUCCCCAGUGGCGAGUGAUUUAAUACAGCGCACAGUUCUCGUAAGCGGCUCCGCCCUGUCACCCUGGGCCAUUCAGAAAAAUCCGCUCUUUGUGAAGAGACGCGUGGCGGAACAGACUGGCUGUCACGGCGACAUGCUAUAUGACGACCUGGCCCCCUGCCUCCGGACCAAAAGCGUCGCCGAAUUGCUGGCCGUCAAGGUGGAUCAUCCACGAUUUCUCGUGGGCUUCGCUCCAUUUGUGGAUGGUACUGUAAUAUCGCCCGGCGCCAAUCCUCUGGGCAGCACCACUUUGCCAAUGGGUUCAGCUAUUGUUAGUACUUCAGGAAUUGAAUAUGCAAACUUUCCGAAACGAGACCUCAUUUUCUGCCUUACAUCUGUGGAGUCGUAUUUGGAUUUGAGUGCCCAAGACUUGGAAUUCGGCUUCAAUGAGACGCGACGGGAUCGCAUCCUGCGCACUUUUGUGCGAAAUAACUUUCACUAUCACUUGAAUGAGAUAUUUGCCGUUUUGAAGAAUGAGUACACCGACUGGGAGAAAGCCAUACGUAAUCCUCUUAGUUCCCGAGACGCCACCCUGCAAUUCCUGAGCGAUGGCCACACGGCCUCGCCGCUGAUUAAGUUGGGCUAUAUGCACAGUCUGCGAGGGGGCCGCGCCUACUUUCUGCACUUUAAGCACAAAACAAUCGAGGAGGAGUACCCGCAGAGAACCGGCUCCGUGCGCGGCGAAGAUGUGCCCUUCUGGCUGGGUCUGCCCAUGUCCCCGCUCUUCCCCCACAACUACACCACUCAGGAGCGCCAAAUUGGCCGUCUAAUGCUGCGAUAUCUGUCCAACUUUGCCAAAACUGGCAAUCCGAACCAAUCCACGGCAAAGUCAGUGCCCCCCAAUCCAAACGAAGUCUUGGAGGCCGCUCUGCAUCAGCAGAAGAAGCGAUCUACUGGUCUGACCCAUCCGAAUCUCAGCGAGGCUCUUAAUCUGGCCGUGAUCUACAAUCAGCGGCGGACCAAUGCCAUGCACGAGAAGCGAUCCUACAUCCGGCGAAGACUACGCAGCAAUGAUGCAGCCUUCACCCAACUGGGAAUCUCCAGUGAACGCGAUGUGGGCAGCUACGAUGGCGAUGAGCUGCCCUUCUGGGAUGCCUACGAUGUGGUUAACCAGUUGUAUGUGGAAUUGGGUAACAAGGCCAACAUUCAGAGCCACUAUCGUGGUCACAAGCUGUCCAUGUGGUUGAACCUCAUCCCUCAGCUGCAUCGCCACUUUAACAUCAACGACCAGUCCAUGCGACAUCAUCAGUUCCAGGACGAUAUGAACAAUAGGGAUCUCUAUGAGGGCGUUGUCCGUCCACAGUUGCAGACAAAGCCCGCGGAAGAUGAUAACAUCAUCAUCAUGCAGAGAAGCAGGACAACGACGACGCCGCCACCAUCACCACCUCCUCCGCCAAAGAGUCCAAGUACAAAUGCCACACAAGCCUUGAAUCCCAGUGGCACGGGAGCAACCACAACGACAGAGUGCGGCAUCGAUGGAGCCAUGUCCGUGUCGGAACUAACCACCACCCAAUCGCCGAAGGACAAUAGAACCGGAGUAACACGCGUGGAGACGCAAAAGGAUCUGGCCACCGCAUCUACAGGAAUAAUAGGCAACCUGGAGCUCCUGCGGCGACUGGGUGGCAAACAAUUCCAGAGCUACACGACUGCCCUGAUAGCCACGGUGGCCGUGGGCUGUUUCCUGCUCAUCCUCAAUGUCCUGAUCUUCGCGGGCAUUUAUCAUCAGCGCGAGAAGCGGGCGCGGGAUGCCAAGACCAAGGAGGAGCUGCAGGAGAGCGAUAACAGCAAGAACUCCAGCAUGCUGAAGCUCAACGCUUUGAUGGGCGGCAGCGGAGGAGCAGGUGGUGCGGGUCCAGGAGAUAUCUCAGAUGCCUAUACCUUGAGUGGUUCGGUGGUGGACAGCAAGGGCGGGGUGGGCGUGGUGUUUGGGGAGUACAGCUGCUACGAUGAGAAGACCAAGCAGUUGAAGGAGGAGAAGCUGCUCGUGGAGCUGCCGCCGUCAUCGUCAACAGGUCAAACUUCCCUCAUGAUGGACACCUGGGGCCCCUGCUCCACCAGCACUCUGGAUCUGCUGAAGACCAAGCCGGGCGAUCCCAUCGAAAUGGUCACCUACAGCGGCGCCCUGCCCACGCUGAUGGAAUCCACUUCGGCGAUGAGCAGCAAGCGGGGAUCCUUUGUGGACACCACGCUGCAGUUUACUAGCAGUCCACAGCAAUUCGACUAUGCAGUCCAGUCCUCGGAUCAGAUGUCCUUCAAGGCGAUAGAGGAGGCUGUCAAGGCGGCGGCGGCGGGGAAUGACUCGGAAAUCACCCGGGAUGAUGACAUUCCCGAGCCGCCGCCACCACCGCGAUCCUUCCUAGCCGCCCAACAGCAGCAGCAGCAGCAACAGCAAACGGGAAUCCUGCGGCAGACGGGGCCAGGCGGAAGUUCCACGACAGGAUCGGGAAGCAGCAGCGGCAAGAAACGUGUACAUAUUCAGGAAAUCUCAGUCUAGCAAUCAUAACCCGUCAAGUAACCAAUUGUGAGCCUAGUUUAAAGUUUUUAUCUAGUUAUUUCUGUGGCCGAACUUGUCUAAAUUGAACUUUUCCUACUUCUCAGUGGAAGUUUCUGACUUCUUCGAAUAAGAAAUUCUCUG